AGAGGUCCACCUGGUUCUUUUAGUGGACCCAGGUGGAACCUGUAUCAUUGCCCCUUUCCCCUAUAAGAACACCCCUCCUUUUGUUGUUCUUUUCAUGCAUUGCCUAAUCAUUUACUCUCAUUCAAACCUCAAUAUAUAUUGAUCUAUUUAGGGCAGUGAACUUAGAGCAGAAGAAGACUCUAAGUGGAAAAAUAGGAAAGCAAGGAGGAAAAGGAGAGAGGUAAUCAAAACCAAAUAUUGAUAAGGAGAAAGAUGAAGAUGAAGAGUGCUACAAUUGGAGGAUCUAAGAGGAAGUUCCCAUGCAAGGGACUGGGAGGGUUCCUAAGAGAAGAAAGAGGUAGGCUUUACAUAAUAAGAAGAUGUAUUAUCUUGCUUCUCUGCUCACAUGACUGAAGCCAGGGGUUCGGAGACUCUAGAUAUGCAGCUUUAAAGCUGCCUGCCUUAUUUUACUCUUAAGUUUCUUUUGUAUUUUGCUAUAUUUCCAAUAUGUAAUUAUCAAAUAUAUGGAUCAUGAUCAUCUUUUUGUUUCUUUUAUUUUGCUCCUGGAUUCACCUUCUCCUUGAUUGUAAUCAUCCUUUUUAAGGUUCUGAUGUGAAUUAAUGCAUUAGUGAAUU